CUUGAAACUUGAUUUUCUUUUCGGCUCAUGUUGGGACAUCUAGAACCAUUUUUGCCCCAUUUUCAAAGAAUCAACUUAAUCGUUGACACCGCUAACUACUGAUUUAGCUAGCAUUUAGUCGAUUUGGUUCUUCAAAAUCCCUUCGUUCUCCCUCAAGAAUCUUGUGCCUUAAACGAGGGAAAAUUCAAGAAAAUGUCACUAGGGUAUGCAGAGAAGCUCUCCUAUAAAGAAGACGUUGGGGAUGUCGGAAUGUCCGAGAUGUUCGACUCCCCAGAUGAUUUACAACAAAAAAUCAAACAGCUCGCAAAGAUGAUUAAAAAGAGUAAGCAUCUAGUGGCAUUCACAGGUGCAGGAAUAUCAACUUCUUGCGGAAUACCUGAUUUUCGAGGCCCAAAAGGCGUUUGGACUCUUCAGCGUGAGGGCAAAGGUAUUCCAGAAGCAUCUUUACCAUUUCAUCGCGCAUCACCAAGUCUUACUCAUAUGGCUUUGGUUGGACUUGAAAAAGCUGGUAUUUUGAAGUUCGUUAUCAGCCAGAAUGUUGAUAGCCUUCAUCUUCGUUCUGGAAUACCAAGACAAAAACUUUCAGAAUUGCAUGGAAAUUCAUUUAGGGAAGUUUGCCCUAAAUGUGGGAAAGAGUAUUUGAGAGACUUUGAAUUGGAGACUGUUGGUUUAAAGGAGACAUCAAGGCGUUGUAUUGAUGCAAAAUGUGGAGCUAAAUUAAGAGAUAGUGUUCUUGAUUGGGAGGAUGAACUACCUCCUACUGAAAUGAAAGCAGCAGAAAAAAAUUGUAGAAUGUCGGAUCUUGUUUUAUGUUUGGGGACUAGUUUGCAGAUAACCCCUGCAUGCAACCUCCCUCUAAAGUCCAUUCGCAAUGGAGGAAAGAUGGUAAUUGUCAACCUUCAGCAAACUCCAAAAGACAAUAGAGCAAGUUUGGUGAUUCGUGGUUUUGUUGACAAGGUAAUGUCUGGUGUAUUGCAUCUUCUUAAAAUGCAAAUCCCUCCAUAUGUUCGUGUGGAUCUUUUUCAAAUAAUCUUUAAUCAAUUUCGAUGUACUUCAGAGACAAAAUAUGCAAAAUGGUCUCUUAGAGUUACUAGUGUUCAUGGAGAAAAAGCUCUGAUUCCAUUUAUUGAAUCAGUUGAGGUUACUUUUCCAGAGAGACCAGAGCUAAAAGCUGCUGUGUUACACCAACAACCGUUUUUCCUAAAAAGGGAAACACUUAAAUCAAGACCACUUCACAUGGUUUUAUCGAUCAACUUCAGUGAAGGUUGUGGUUGUAGGUUUAUCAGCAUUGACUAUCCCGUUGACUUUGAGGCAUCAACAGAAGACAUUAAUGAAGAUAAGAACAUUGUGAUUCAGCAGCUUAGAGACAUGGCAAAUGAAGAUCGAUUUUGUGGACAAUCAUAUGUGAUUGAAAGAAAAAUCAUUUCAGAUUCAGGGAAAACAAUUUCUACAUAUGCUGUUGCAACAAACAUUGCUCAAUUUGAUGAAUUAUCACCUUCAAAAACAGCUCAUAUCUCUAAUGGAGAAAGAGAAAAGAUGAAUCUUGGAAAUGGUGUAGAUACAUCUACAGCUAGUGUGCCUACAAAGAAGGUGAGAGUUCAUUAAUGGUGAAUCUAGGUAUAUGUUGUGUGAUAGUGGUCAAAGAAAGUCAACGGUUGGAAGUAAAGGGAAAUCGAGUCAAGUUUGAAACUAGUAGAGUUGAGUUGACUCGGUUGUGACUUUUGUAAAAACUAAAAACUGUUUUCGGUUUUGGGUGAGGGUUUAGUAACCUUUUGUUAGGUCAUAUAUCAAAAAAGAAAAAAAAGAAAAAAAAGAUUCAAACACUUUUAUGGAAA